UAAGUUGUGUUUGAGCCGUGCUGCGAGACGGACGUGUUCGUACGUUUACUCCUCUCCGCGUGUGUGAAAUUGAAAUUUCAUUCAUAAUUUCUGAAAAAGGACUAGUGUUUUCAGCUUGUUGUGAAUAAUUUGUUUCGAAACUAAAAGCUGCUGAUUAUUUCGAAGAGAUUCACUAACAAAUCACGAUUAAUUAAGUAAAAAUUGUGACUUAAGCGGGUUGCGGUGCGCGUUCGCGAUCGAAAUCGAAUCUCCCGGAGAAGAGGAGAAGAGAAUUUGAAAAUUUUCUACAAUGAAGUGAUUUUGGUCCGGGUGAGGGUGUUUGUGUGAUGGAAUCGAGAAAGCCGUACCAAUGUAUGUGAUGGCGCGCGCGUGUGUAUGAAUAUUGAAAUGUAAUAAAUAUACGGGUACGGAGCCCGGAGUCUGUGGAAUAAGCAGCAAAGAAGUGAGUUCAAGUGCUCUUCUAAACAAAGUUCGACGUGACGAAAUUCAGGAAGAGUCCCUAAUAACUGCCGAGAAUUAGGAAGGACGACAGGAUCGGGAUUUUGGUUGGGCUAACAAAAGGAAAAUUGUUGACUUGAGGAAGAAAAGCAAAAUUUGGUGAAGAAGAAAUAAGUCCAAAAUAUUGGAUUUGAUGUGUGUGUUGGUGAUGUUUGAGCUUGUUUUAACUAAAUGAUUUUAAGUGUAUUUUGGGCAGCCUGCACAGCGGGAUACUAAUUUGAUUGAGAAAAUAUUCUGGGUGAGCGACAUGAGAGCAUCUUGAGUAAAAAAAGAUCCACACACAACUCGGAGCCAGAGUCAGACAGCAGGCCAGCCAGCCUCAACUCAACCUGCUCGACACGUUAACGAGCUGAGACACCCCGCCGUGUCCUCCCAUCCCCGGGCAGUCCCACGGAACGGACUCUAGAAGAGAAGCGAAGAGAAGAAAAAAAAAGGUCUUCACCAAGACCACAAUCUUUGGUUGGUGCGCCAGUGUGAGUGAGUGAGAAUUUGUGUUAUUUUGUGCUUUGUGCCUCGACGAAAAGUGACCUCCCAAAACAGAACCGACCGGAUUGGACCGGAGGUCCUUGGGGCGGGAAGAUCCUGUGCGCUAUGAGCUCGUCACUUCUUGGCCACUGCUGAGAAUGAGAGGAUGGCCUGCAGGCCGAAGAAUUCGCGUCGUUUGCGGUCGCGAUCAACGUCCAGAACAUCGACGGGAAAAACGGUGAAAAAUUUCGGUGGAGCUACUCGCUGGAUUGCGAUAUUGUUGGCGGUCGGAUUGCUGUCGUCCCAGCAGAAUGUCCACGGUUCCGUCCUCGCUGGCAGCUCGAACCAGCUGCUGUACACGACGUACAACGACAUCCGGCUGGCGAACGUCACGAUCGCGCAGAACACGACCUGCUCGGUGGAGGUCCUGGUGCGUGACCUGAACGAGGCGUCCGCGAUGGACUUUUACUACGACCGGGGGCUGGUGUGCUUCACCGAGCACAACACCGAGACGAUCCAGUGCGCCCAGAUGCGGCAGGAUCAGUCGUCGUCCGUCAACAAGACAGCUGUGAUAUCCCACGGGCUGGACAAGCCCGAGGGCCUAGCGAUAGAUUGGUAUACCGAUAAGCUUUACUGGACCGACGGCGAGACGAACCGGAUCGAGGUCGCCACGCUCAACGGGCGGUUCCAGAAGGUGCUGGUCUGGAGCGAUCUCGAUCAGCCACGUGCCAUAGCUCUAGUACCUGCCCGGCAGUUUAUGAUCUGGACGGACUGGGGCGAGAGUCCCAAGAUCGAGCGUGCCAGCAUGGACGGCGACCCGCAGUCGCGGACGGUCCUCGUGCACGAUCGGAUAUUCUGGCCAAAUGGGUUGGCCGUUGAUCUGGAGCAUGAACUGAUCUACUGGGUCGACGGGAACCUGCACUUUCUGGACGUGAUGAAUCUGGACGGUAGCAACCGGCGGACGCUCGUCAACAACCUGGAGUACCCGUACAGCCUGACGUUCGCCCCAAACUUCCUGUUCUGGACCGACUGGCAGGACGGAACCCUUCACUACUACAACAUUGCCAGCGAGAAACACGAAGAGAUCUUCGACAGCCCGGUCGUCCCAAUAACCGUCCACGCGUGGGACUCCCGACUCCAACCAGUCUCAGAUAACCCCUGCCGACGGAACAACGGUGACUGUUCCCACCUCUGUCUCCUCUCGACCAACAUGGCCGGCUACAGCUGCGCCUGUCCCACCGGGGUCAAACUCCUAACCAAAACCCAGUGCGCCGAAGGACCCCAAGACAUGCUCUUCGUAGUUCAGCGAACCCAAAUCAGCCGGAUAUCGCUCGACUCCCCGGACUACACCAGCAUCCAACUGCAGCUCGGGAAGGUUCGGUACGCGAUCGCGAUCGACUACGACCCGGUUGACAACUACAUCUACUGGUCGGACGAGGGAUCGAACGCGAUCAAGAAGGUUCGGCCGGACGGGACUGGGAUGGUUGAGGUGGUUAAUACCGAGAUCCUCGGACCGGACGGUCUCGCCGUCGACUGGUUGGCUCGGAAUCUUUACUGGACGGACACAGGGACUGAUCGUAUACAAGUCUGUCGACUUGACGGAACAUUUCGACGGGUACUGAUCUACGAGAACUUGGAGGAACCACGGGCGAUCGCACUUGCGCCAACCCUCGGUUGGAUGUUCUGGAGCGAUUGGAGUGAAAAGGACCCGAAGAUCGAGCGGGCGUCGCUCGACGGUACUGAACGGGUGUUGAUCGUGCAGCAGAACCUCGGUUGGCCCAACGGGAUCGCGCUGGAUGUGGAGGCGCGCAAGAUUUACUGGUGUGACGCGAAGCUCGAUCGGAUCGAGGUCGCCAACAUGGACGGAUCUGGGAGGAACAUCAUAAUCUCGGACAAUUUGCCGCACGCCUUCGGCUUGAGCUUGCUUGGAGACUACCUCUACUGGACGGAUUGGCAGCGAAGGUCGAUCGAUCGAGCGAACAAAAUCAACGGGAAUGAUCGCACCGUGAUCGUGGAGGCGUUCCCCGAUUUGAUGGGACUCAAGGUCGCCAAACUUGGUGAGGUCAAGGGAACAAACCCAUGCGCCCGUGGUAACGGAGGAUGCUCCCAACUCUGCCUAAAUCGACCACGCGACUACGUUUGCCGCUGCCAGAUCGACUAUGAACUCGAUCGAGACAACCGAACCUGCUUCAUCCCAUCGGCCUUCCUGCUUUUCUCCCGACACGACACCGGUUCCAUCGGACGGAUCUCGAUCGACAGUCACAACCACACGGACUACGCUCCCUUCCGGAGCGUGAUCGACGCGCACUACCUGGACGUGGACAUCGCAGAUCGUCGCAUCUACUGGGCGAGCCAGAAGCAGAAGCACAUCUCACGGGCCUACAUCAACGGGUCAAAUGUAGAGAAGAUCGUUGAGUCGGGGUUGAUUCAACCAGAGGGAAUCGCCGUAGAUUGGUUGGCGCACAACAUCUACUGGACGGACGCGGAAGCUCGACGGAUCGAGGUUGCGCGACUUGACGGAAGUAGUCGUCGCAUCCUGAUCUGGAAGGGUAUUGAAGAACCAAGAAACCUCAUCCUUGAACCACGCCGUGGACUCAUGUACUGGGCCGAGUGGCCUUCGGACUCGAUCCGCCGAGCCGUCAUGGACGGCUCCGAACUCAAGACCAUCAUCUCCGGAGCUAACCUCGCCACCGGACUCACCCUGGACCCGGACACCCGCCGUCUCUACUGGGCCUGCCAAAGCUCCCCCACCGCCAUCGAAUCCGCCGAGUGGGACGGCAACAAGCGGAAGAUCCUCGUCACCGCCGACACCGAUAACCCCUUCGUCCCGCAUGCCGUCACCCUGUACAAGGACUACGUCUACUGGAGCGACUGGAACACGGGCGAAAUCGAACGCGCCAACAAGAGUUCCGGCGAAAACCGAACCAUCGUCCACACCGGCCUCAAGUACACCAACUCCCUGCUCGCGUUCCACCCGUUACGCCAGUCCGGCUCGAACCAGUGUCGCACCAACAACGGCGGCUGUUCCCAUCUCUGUCUGGCGCUAGGUCAGCGCAAAAUGACCUGCGCCUGCCCGACGCACUACACGCUGAACGCGAACCGAGUGUCGUGCAGCCCACCGAAGAACUACAUCAUCUUCAGCCAGCGCAACUCGUUCGGGCGGUUUAUGCCGAACACGACGGACUCGCCGGACGUGCCGCUGCCGGUCACCGGGAAGAACAUCCGUGCCGUGGAGUACGACGUGCUGACGCGGUUUGUGUAUUGGAUCGACGGGCGUGGACCGAUCAUCCGGCGGGCGUUCGACAACGGAACCAGCGCGAAGGUGUUUAUCGAUCCAGCCUCGUCGCCGUUCGAUAUGGUGAUCGAUCCGAUCGGGCGGUUGCUGUUCUGGAGCUGCUCGCACACCAACACCAUCAACAUAACGACUCUCGACGGUGAAAUCGAGCGCAUCGGCAACGUGGACAUUGGCCCGUCGGAGAAACCCCGCAGCCUGGCGCUACACCCUUCCAAACGGCUGCUCUUCUGGACCGACGUCGGCACCGCCCAGUCCAUCAUCCGUGCCAAGCUGGACGGCUCCCAGCGGCGCGAACUCGUUUCGAAGCUGGAGGGCAUUACGGCGCUUGCGUUGGAUCCCCAGCUGAAUCGAUUGUUUUACGCGCACGGGAAGCGCAUCGACAUGGUUGAUAUCGAGGGACGGGAAAUAAAAACCUUGGUAGCGGAACAUAUCAGCUUGGUGUCGUCGAUCGCUGCGUUGAACGGGUACAUUUACUGGUUGGACGAGCGGCCUGGGAUGGAGCGGAUUUCGGUGCUGGGUGAGAAUCGCCGCACGGAGAUUCAGAAGAUUCCGCAUAUUACCGAUAUUGUGGCGGUUUGGACGCCGGAGGGUCGAGCGUUGCGGAAUCACACGUGCUCGACGCGGGCAAAGUGUACGCACAUCUGUAUUGGAUCGCCGGAGGACGCCAAGAGUGAUGAUAUGUGCGCGUGUCCGCAGGGGUUGAUGCUGAUGAAGGAUAGGAGGAGUUGUGGCGCGUUGCCGGUUUGUGGUCCGGAUCAUUUUACGUGUGCGGCGACGUUUGCUAGUAGUGGGUUGGACGGGGAUAAUAAUAAGGACUGUAUUCCGGUGUCGUGGAGAUGUGACGGGCAGAAGGAUUGUCCGGAUCGGUCGGAUGAGAUGGACUGUCCGGCGUGUCGGGCUGAUCAGUUCAAGUGUCAGUCUGGGGAGUGUAUCGACAAGCACUUGGUUUGUGACGGGACGACGCAGUGCUUGGAUGGUUACGAUGAGGCGGUGUGUUGUAAGAAUCCGGAGGAUUUCCAGUGCCCGACGAGUAAGGUUUGCAUCUCUUACCACAAUGUUUGUGACGGGGAUGAACACUGUGCGAACGGGGAGGACGAAGCGCCGGAGAUCUGCGCGGAGUACAACAAUAGACGGAUGGCGCCGAGUGGAAGCAAGAUCACGAUGUUGAUCGUGGUGGUGAUCGCGGUAGCGGUCGUGUUCAUCGUGGUGUAUUUGCUGCAGACCUGCAGGUCUAGGUUUGGCGCUGGGUCUUCUGAACCCAAGGAAGAUCAGGCAGCUGCUCCGCUAUCUCCUGGAGGUAUUCACAAGAACAUCCGUGUGUCGAAGCUGAGUUCGGUAGCGGACGCCGUACGGAUGUCCACCCUGAACAGUCGAAACAGUACCAAUAGCUACGAUCGGAACCACAUCACCGGCGCGUCCAGUUCAACCACCAACGGCAGUAGCCUGAUCGGCUACCCCCUGAACCCACCUCCCUCUCCGGCCACGAUCGCCGGUUCCGCGCGCUACUCCUCCAACUACCACCCCUACAAACACUACAAGAUCAUCAACCAACCACCACCCCCAACGCCCUGCUCAACGGACGCCUGCGACGAGAGCGACUCGAACUACACGAGCAAAAGCGCGCGCAGCCGGGGACGGCGGAUCAUCAACGGCGGCGGCGGCGGCGGAACCAGCAGCAGCAGUGGCCGCGGCGGCAUCAAGUACCACCACAGCCACCAUCACCACGUGAACAACAACAGCAGCGACCGGUACGACUCGGAACCGUACCCGCCGCCGCCAACGCCACGCUCGCACUACCACCACAGCGACGUGGGCGGAAUGCGCGAGGAGCACUACAACAUCAGCUGUCCACCGUCGCCGAGUUCGCGCAGCUCGACGUACUUUUCGCCGCUGCCUCCGCCGCCCUCGCCCGUUCCGUCGCCAUCCCGGGGGUACUCGUAACUUCCUGGGGGGAUAGCGUUAUUUUAAAAUUGUAAAUAUUUAUUUCGCCAAAUGGUUAGUUAGAAUAAAGAACGUCCUGUCUUCCCAGAACAACCCAACAAGUCUUGCAAAAUUAUGAGACGAGAAAAAAAGUGCCUAAAAUCGAAACUUGAAGCCCAGCUUGUGCCGCGAGCUUCCCCACUAGCUUUAAAAACAAAUAUUUCACGGUAGAUUUUAUAUAUAUUUGAAGAAAAAAAAUCAUUGUUGGUUACCUUCUACAAACUUCAUACUUGUAAAAAGAAGCAAAAAACAUGAGUGCGAGAUUUCAUGGCAAUUUGUUGCAUUUUUCCCCUACCUUAUAGAAUAUAACACAAAAAAACAAAUCUACUUCUUAAAGCGCAACUCGCGAAGCAAUACCCACUGAAGAGCACAUUUCUGCCGAGAGCGCGCGCGCCCUGCAAUCAAUCCCACCACAUUUCACAAAAAAAAAAUAUUGUUAGUAGAGCAAGUAAGAUAAAAACAAAGCAACCCUCGCAGCUAAACAGAAUUGAUUUCUUCAUCCCCAACCAACCAAACUUCAAAUCAAAUCGCGUCGCGUCGCGGCGUCGUCGGACGGGAAAUGUGCUCCAAAAGACUGAUGACUGACUUAAGAAGUGUAUAAAAACAAGCAAAAAAUUACUGUAUAGUGUGCAGAUAAGGUUUAGAAAUGAACCGCGGUUUGUUAGUUUAGUGAAGGAGUAAAUUUAGUUUAAAAACGAAACAAAUCUGUGAGUCGACCCCCCAUUUUGUGGGGGUUGGACGCACAGUUGUUUCCCCGAAAUGGAUGCCUCUUCUCAAGCGAGCUUAUAAAAAAAGAGUAUGGUUAGCAAUGAAAUGAAAGCAAUGUAUGAAUUGUAAAAGAAAAAACUUUAUAGGGGUUUUUUUUUAAUUGUUGUACAAAAAUAUACAAAAUUGAAGCAAAAA